GCUCAAACAAAAAUGUGUGCUCGCCUCCACCGAGCGAGUCAAAGCGUUUCAGCGACGAGGAUGAAGCGACUUGUUGUGUUUGUGGCUCUUCUCUCUCUGGGGCUGUCUGCUCCUCUACCCAGCUGCGACGCCCUGCUCCGGCCAAUCAACAUCCGCAAUGAGCAGAUGUUGGGCCGCUGGCUGUACAUCGGGGGCAGCUCCGACCUGCCGGGAAGUCGCUCUCUGGGCCUCCUGCUCAACAACGCCUGGCUGGACGUCAGCGCCACCUCCCGCAGCAACGUGCUCACCAUCGUCCAGACUCAGAGGAUCUACGGCGAGUGUUCCAGCCUCAAGUACAACGUGACCAUGGAGAACGGCACUCUGCUGAUCGAGCAUCCGUUCUACCUGAAGGAAGUCUACCUGAAGAGCGACUGUCCAGACUGCCUGGUGGUCUAUGAGGAAGUCAACUCCACCCAGGACUCCUUCAGGAGUCUUCUGCUUUUCAGCAGACAACGCAGCGUCUCGGCUGCUGACGUGGAUUUGUUAAGGAGGCAAGCCAAGUGUCUCCAGAUGCCCUCCCCACUCUUGAUGGACCCCACCCAUGACCUGUGCCCAGACAACCUGGAGUCCUCAGACGGACUUGACGCCCUCAACUCCUUGUUGGAAGCCAAGAUGGCGCAUCGGGUGGCCAGGCUGCUGGACAAACUUUUUGACUUCUUUGUCAACUGAUGCAUUUUGUUGUGAGGCCCACACUACACACCAUAGCUGUGUAGAAGUCACUUAAUUAACUAAUUAAUUAAUUAGUGCCAUUAAAGUUCACUCACAUCUAA